UUUAUUUAUCUCCAACUUCAGCCAGCAGCAGCGUUCGCAUUGAUAAAACGGAUUUUUUUCCUCUUUCUGCAUCCGCGUACUUCAAAAUCGUGCAGUGAAAAAAAAGAAAAGUGGUAAUGUAGUAAUGAAAAAUUGAGAACGCAGGCAGCAAAAAAACAGGCAGAUGCUAAAAAUAAUUGUGCAAUCAUCUUGUUUCGCAUCAUCUGCCGUCUGCCUUCUCGCCAUUUCGCGGAUAGCUGCUCUCAAUCGGUCAGUGAAUUGCUCGCGUUAAGGGAAAAGUGCGUUUUUCGGGGCUACGGCUACGACAGGGGAGUGGUUCCGUCGAUUUUAAUUUUCGAAUCCGGACUGUUGGCGGGUGCAUUGCCUCAGUUCGAGAAGGCAUGGACAGGGUGGAUACGGCGGGUUUCGCCGAUCUACAGGACAAGAAUGAGGUCAUCCGGAAGUACAUAGCGGAGCUGAACAAGCUGCGUCACCUGGCCGCCCACCGGGGCCAAAUCGAGGAGGGCGAGUUCAAUAGCUACCUGGUGCGACACUACUUCCACAACAACAACAUCAUCAAUUAUAUCUUCGACAAAAACACCAGCCGGAUUCUGCUCAAAACGGUCAUCGACCGGAAGAAAAAGAUCAUCAACUUCAUCUUCGUGCUGCUGACGCUGUUCAUCGUGUUCUCGUACAAGCAUGAGGUGUCGACGGUGGUUCUCCGCAACAUCCAGAGCUUCAUCUAUCCGGGGAUGCGGGUGUGGCGGAAAGUGACGGUGCCGAUCAUCGCCAACUAUCCGUCGCUCACGGAGUUCUACGACGAGAGUUGCCUGCUGACGAAUCCGUACUUUCAGGUCGAGAACCUGAACUGUGACCCGUGCGCGGACGUGGCCAACGUGCUCGAUUUCACCAAUGUCGAGCCGAUGGCCGUCAAUUAUCCGUAUAUCUUUAAGACCCUCAAGGAGCUGGUGGACAUUGGGCGGUUGCAGACCUUGUUCGAGCAGCACCGGGCCACCUUCGUGAAGGACGCGUACAAGGUGCAAUCGUCGGCGCAGGACGAAAUUCAAAACCUGGACGAUCUGUUCCGGCACUUUGGCAAUGGAAGUCAAUCGACGUCGACGACGAUGAGCGAAAGUCACAACGUGUGGCGCUGCAACCGGAUGGCUCCGGCCAGACUGCUGAGGACAGUUUUCCCGCGCCCUGCCCGGUUACCCUCGACUGGGGUCAGUUUGGAGCGCUAUCUGGUGGUGGAUAGUCCGCAGGCUCCGCCCUACCGUAUUCCGGAUGCGGAAUGUGCCAACAUGUUCGUGCUUCAGGGCUACGGUAGUCGGACGUUUUUACUGCGACCGACCCAGGAGUGCCGGCACCGAUGUCGAACCCUAUCAGUGCGGCUUCCCGCCAGCUAUGGAUUAAUCUACAACUGGUGGUACUGGAAGCCGAUUUCCCUGCCUGAGCAGUACGCCAAAACGCCCUCGGUCAGCUACAUCGGAUCGUACUGUUGAAACCGGUAGAUCGACGUGCUAAAUCGAUUUGAAAAAUAUAGCACGGAAAACAGUAAAGUAACACAAAAAAAUUAAAAAAAUAUAUUCAAAAAAAAAACCAAUGGACACGCAAAGAAAACUAACUCACCGAAGCCAAAAUUUUAACGACACAGAGAAAAAACAAAAACCAAUGGGAAAAUUAACAGAAAAUUCUAUCCACACGGCAAAUGUUAGAUAAAAAUUUAAGAAAAAAAAACCGAAGAUGUGUACAGGUUGCCUGGAACUUAUCCAAAGGAAGAAAAAAAAAGUAGAGAAAAACACACUAGAAAACCAACAACCGGUUGAUUAGAAUGUAAGAGUCAGAAAGCAAAAACAGAUGAAAAAAUAGGUAAGGGAUUUUAUUUUGUUUGCUCACGAUUUUAUUUUCAUCUGUUUGCUGUUUCAAAAAAGGUAUUCAAUAUUGUUUGUUGUGUGUUUGAAUGUAUGUUAAGAGAUUAUAAAUAGCUCUUGUAACAACUUUCAAUGUUUUAGUUUAGUCAAUAAGUGGAACGUGUUUUUCACCACCAAGGCAUUUAACACAACCAGAACCAAAUAACGCGUACUUCCUCACCUAAAAGAGUUGGUGAAUUUUUAUUGAUUGUUAAGUACCUACUAAUCGUAUUUUUCUCAUCGACUAAAAGAGAUGAUUGUUUUUUUUUCUUAAGUUCCAAGAAGAUACUCACUGAGAUUCCUUAUAUUUGAACUUAUUUUGACUGAACCUCAAAAAUCUGUGUAUAAUCCAGUUAACUGUACUACUGCGAGACGAAAGCCAUCUAAACUGCAUUGGAUGUUUUUGUAAACUAUGUGUUGUGAAGUUUUAUGUUUAGUAUCUACGAGAUCUUUCGAUAAGUUAGACCAGAAAAAGGGUUGAAAAAUGUAGAAUGAAAGAAAUAGAAAGAAUCGAUGCUUCCUUUGAAGAUAACAUUUGAGUUUAAUUUUUAAACUACCAAUGCCAUAAAACCAAUCUGUCACUAGCUGUAAGGUAGCAAAAAAAAGUGAAUCGCCAACCGAAUGAAAUGAUAUUAGAAGCAGAAAAAACCCAAAAUCUACACUGAUUAGAUUUGUGAUGAAACAACCCUCCUCUAUCAACAAAAAAAAAAAAAAAGAAAAGUGAAGAUUGUCUGAAAAUGUGAUCACCGAUAGGACUAGGGAAGAUUUCGCAUUAAAAAAAGCGAGAGACGAAACUCGAAUAUUUGGAAGUCAUUCCCAGAACAAAGAUUUUCCCAAAAAGGAAGGACUGACUGCGCGUGAUUGUAUUGUAUAGCAAUGGAAAACAAGAAUGAGAAAUUCAGGCUUAUUUCAAACGUAGAAGAAGCAUCAACUACACAUCUGAUCGACCUAAGUGAUACACAACAAAACAAAUAAACAUUUUUCCAAUAAUUUAAGCAACAAACUUGAAACAAAAACUCCGUAGAAACGUAAUAGACUAGAAAACAAAAACAGCAACAAACAAACAGUAGAUAUCACACGCCAUUGCUCCGGUAUAGAGAACGUUUAAUUUCCUUCAACUUUUCUUAAGAAAUAUUAACAAAAAAAAAAACAGAAAAAAGAUUUAGGUUUACUUUAUUCAUCAAUGGAAAAAGUUAGUAACAGAGAACAACGGAACGAAACCGUGUAACGAUGCUACUAAACUUAAAAAAAGUAUAUUUUUGUGAAGUAGAGACAGAGAGCAUUUAUUAAGUUGCGAUAGGCUUGUAAUCGAAAAAUGAAAAUCGAGUGGAUCGAGUGAGAAAUGUAAAACCGACACAGAAAUAAAAAAAAAAAACAAUCUGAAAAUAAACUGUAUUGGAAGUGCUCACA